AUGUCGUCUGAACAGUCCGACCUCGUCAACGUCCCAUCAGACACAGCCCGGGCCUUUGCCCAGCGCCUGCUGGAAGCCAAUGGCGUCUCAUCCUCGGACGCGGCGAUAGUCGCAGACAACCUCGUGUCCGCAGACCUGCGCGGCGUCGACACGCACGGGAUCAACCGGCUCCCAUCGUACAUCAAGCGCGUGCGCCAGGGCGUCCUCGACCCCAAGGCCCAGCCGACGCUGGAGCAGACGACGCCCGUGGUCGCCCAGGUCGACGGCAAGAACGCCUUCGGCGCCGUGGUGGCCAAGAAGGCCAUGGCCGCCGCGGUGGAGAUGGCGCAGGUCUACGGCAUCGGGAUGGUCUCGUGCAAGCACAGCAACCACUUCGGCAUGUCGGCGUGGACGGUGCAGCAGGCCCUGGACGCGGGGCUCAUGUCGCUCGUCUUCACCAACAGCUCGCCCGCGCUGCCGGCGUGGGGCGCGAGGGAGCAGCUCCUGGGCGUGAGCCCUAUCGCCUGCGGCGCCCCGGGGGAGCCAAUCCCGUUCAUCCUCGACAUGGCCCCGUCUGUGGCGGCCCGGGGGAAGAUCUAUAAGGCCCUGAGGAGGGGUGAGGAGAUCCCGGACGGCUGGGCCCUGGACAAGGAAGGCAACCGCACGACGGAUCCAGCCAGGGCACUCGACGGCGGCGUGAUGCUCCCCAUGGGAGGCCCCAAGGGGUCGGCGCUGGCAAUCAUGAUGGAUGUGUUCUCGGGCGUGCUCUCCGGCUCGGCGUAUGGUGGAAAUGUGGCUGGGCCGUACGACCCGUCACGACCCAGUGAUGUGGGCCAUUUCAUUGUGGCCCUGAAGCCGGAUUUGUUCAUGAGUGCAGAGGAUUUCAGGGAUCGUAUGAAGUACGUGUACGAGAGGGUGGUAGGAUCUGAAAAGAUGGCUGGCAUCGAUCGUAUCUACUUUCCAGGAGAAGUUGAGAUCGUCCGGAGGGAAGAAAGGCUCAGAUCAGGCAUCCCGUAUGCAAAGGCCGAAAUUGAGACACUGAACAAGGAGGCAGAGGCGGCUGGGGUGAAGCCACUUGUAUAA